UGUCAAAUUCCGGGUUAAUUGCCACCCCAAAUGCCAGUCUAUAAAAAUUCAGUUUACCAUUUGGCUUUAAAUUAGUUGUGCAACAGCUUUCGAGAGAAAUUUAUAUAAAAAUGCCGUGUGUUGGUUGUGGAAAAGAUUGCAAAUGCACCCCGGAAAAGUGUUGUGAGAGCUGCAAGUGCCAGGCUCCUGGAAAAUGUGGAUGCAAUCCCUCGAACGCCUCUUCCUCGGGAGGAUGCUGCAAGAAGGGUGGCGACUCCGCAGGAGGCGACGCUAAGGGAAAUUGCUGCGGCGAAAAAAAGUAGAAGGAUAGCCCCAUUGAUGCCAGAGAAAAAUGCAUUUUCAUUCCUUUUAUUUCUCGAUGGCCAUAACUGCUAGUGAGCUGUUAUCAUUAAAUACAUUUAUUGUUUAAUCGAAACAAAA